AUGUGCGUGUCUGGCUGGUCUCGGGGUCGUUCGGUCGUUCGGUCGUUCGUUUGGUUUUUAGCAGGUUCUGGCAGUACGAUCGUACGAUGUUGAUUGUCGUGUAAUUGUGAGUUGUGAGAGGUUUAACUGAAGGUUCUGAAGAGAUCCGCCUGUAAUGGUCGUAGAGUGUCCGACGAUAAAUUCUUCUUGAUAGAGACGUGAUUUUUCCCUCCCAUUGGUUGCAAAAUGGAAUCGAGGAUUAUUGUCUUGAGCUUGGUUGUGCUCUUCAUCACGAUGGUCGCGACAACGUCGACCACUAAAGAACGAAAAAAGAAAUCGUGGCGCGACAAGGAUAUACGAGAUAUGACGGACGCUGAUCUGGAACACUUGCUGGAACAGUGGGAAGAAAACGAUGAACCCCUGGAGCCAGACGAAUUGCCAGAACACUUGCGACCCCUUCCAAAGAUAGAUGUAUCCAAGCUAGACAUAAGGAAUCCAGAGAGUAUGCUGAAACUGACGAAAAAGGGGAAAGGCGUUAUGAUGUUCGUAGACCUCCAGUCAAACGUCUCGGAGGAGCAAGCCGAUAUCGCGACGCGUAUUUGGCAGACUGGCCUACAAAACAAUCAUAUCACUGCGGAAAGAUAUCCAAUCGAAAAUAAACGUUAUAUAUUCAUGUUCCACGACGGAUCUCAGGCUCUCGAAGGUAAAAAUUAUUUGCUGCAGCAUCCUGAAGUGGCUCAUGUUACUAUCGAAGGGCAAACGUAUUAUCCAUCGCUAAAGGAACAAAACUUUUUAGUUGACGAGUCAUUGAGAAAGCCAAGUGUCAAGACAAAGGAAGGAGAGUUGUAAUCUUUCGUACUCGAGACGCGUUACUGCAUUUCUGAUAAACACAUUUUCCGUUUAUCUACUUUUUUACAAAGUAUUUUUUUGAUAAGUUUUUUUUCGAGUCGUUUUCAGCAAAAAGUUUUCAAUCUAUCAAGUGUUGAAUCUCUAUUGUGCGUUUAUUAGUUUGUAUAAUAAAUGAAAUAUAUGCUAUCUA